CCGCUUAGGCGGGGGUGGGGGAGCUCCGCGGCCGGUCGCCUUUCUCCGCCGCCGCUGGUUGGAUCGUUUCAAUAAAAGUCUUUUUUGCUCGCUCUCGUCCGGGGAACAGGCGGAGGCGUCCAUCCAUAGGCGCCGAGCGGGAGAGCGACGCGCACUCAGCGAGCGAGAGCGGCGACCGCGGUCUCCUCAGCUCGCCGCCGUCCAGCGCCCGCACCACCGCGGUGGGGAAGGAGCCCGGCGGGGCCGGCGCGGAUUAGUGGGCCGCCCGCGCGGCUCUGCGGCCCAGGAGCCAUGUUGACCGGGGGGCUCAGCCACGCGUGAGAGCGAGGCCUCGGCGGGUCCUCCCGGAGCUCCGCACCCCCCGGCCGGAGCCGGAAGACGGGCGGCGGAGGCCUGCGCCGCCGAGGCGCCUCGGGGCUGCCGGCCGCCGGGACCCGGACCUGCAUCCGGUUGCCGCGGGCGUCGGCGGAGCCGCUUUCCCUUCGCGCCUGGCCUCGCCCCGGGACGCGGGGUCCCCUGCACUUGCUGACUUUUCCAAGCCACAUUUAAUUGAUAGGAUGAAAAAGUUUAAGAGAAGGCUAUCCCUCACACUUCGAGGAAGCCAGACAAUUGAUGAGUCAUUAUCUGAACUGGCUGAACAAAUGACUAUUGAAGAAAACAGCAGCAAGGAUAAUGAGCCUAUUGUGAAGAAUGGCAGACCUCCAACGUCUCACAGUAUGCAUUCCUUCCUCCACCAGUACACAGGGUCUUUCAAGAAGCCCCCAUUGCGGAGACCUCACAGUGUAAUUGGCGGAAGCCUUGGUUCCUUCAUGGCAAUGCCCAGAAAUGGAAGUAGAUUAGAUAUUGUACAUGAAAAUCUAAAAAUGGGAUCAGAUGGUGAAAGUGACCAAGCUUCUGGGACAUCAUCUGAUGAAGUCCAGUCACCUACAGGAGUUUGUCUCAGAAAUCGUAUCCAUAGACGGAUCUCAAUGGAGGAUUUAAAUAAGCGGUUAUCCCUACCUGCAGAUAUUAGAAUACCUGAUGGAUAUCUUGAAAAGUUGCAGAUCAACAGCCCACCAUUUGAUCAACCUAUGAGCCGAAGGUCACGUAGAGCUUCCUUAUCAGAAAUUGGAUUUGGGAAAAUGGAAACCUACAUCAAAUUGGAAAAGCUUGGAGAGGGUACAUAUGCAACAGUAUACAAAGGAAGAAGUAAAUUAACAGAAAAUUUGGUGGCAUUAAAAGAGAUACGUUUGGAACACGAAGAAGGUGCACCAUGUACAGCCAUAAGAGAAGUCUCACUAUUGAAGGAUUUAAAACAUGCAAAUAUAGUAACCCUACAUGACAUUGUUCACACAGAUAAAUCUUUGACUCUGGUCUUUGAGUAUCUGGAUAAAGACCUGAAACAGUACAUGGAUGACUGUGGAAACAUCAUGAGUAUGCACAAUGUAAAGCUGUUUCUAUACCAAAUUCUACGUGGUUUGGCAUAUUGCCAUAGAAGAAAGGUGUUACAUCGAGACUUGAAACCACAGAACCUCCUCAUUAAUGAAAAAGGAGAAUUAAAGCUAGCAGAUUUUGGACUGGCCAGAGCCAAAUCAGUUCCUACAAAGACCUACUCAAAUGAAGUUGUCACAUUGUGGUACCGGCCACCUGAUGUGCUUCUUGGUUCUUCAGAGUACUCAACUCAGAUUGACAUGUGGGGCGUUGGUUGCAUUUUCUUUGAAAUGGCUUCUGGAAGACCUCUGUUUCCAGGAUCAACGGUAGAAGAUGAACUGCACUUAAUUUUCCGACUACUAGGAACUCCAUCUCAGGAAACUUGGCCAGGUGUUUCAUCAAAUGAUGAAUUCAAGAACUACAACUUUCCAAAAUACAAACCGCAGCCUCUAAUUAACCAUGCACCCAGGUUAGACUCUGAAGGAAUUGAAUUAAUAACAAAAUUUCUUCAGUAUGAAUCUAAAAAAAGAGUUUCAGCAGAAGAGGCCAUGAAACAUGUAUACUUUCGAAGUCUGGGACCAAGAAUACAUGCUUUACCAGAAAGUGUGUCAAUAUUCAGUUUGAAAGAGAUUCAGUUGCAAAAGGACCCGGGUUUUCGAAAUUCUUCUUAUCCAGAGACAGGACAUGGGAAGAACAGAAGACAGAGCAUGCUAUUUUAAGUCUGAUAACAUGGUUUCAAGCCCAGCCCCCAGCCUUUCUUAUCAAUCAAGGACUCAGAUCUGAAGGCAGUUAUUUCUUGUGGUGGACUUGGAAUCUCCGUUUGUCUGCACUGUCCUCUUCACAGUGGAGUCUUUUUAUUUCAGACCUACAGAUUGUUUUUAUAUUUGUUGUCACAGUGUGACAAUUUUUUUGUACAGUCAGUUUUAAGGUCUUCUCUGCCAGUAGAGCCAGUAGGUUACAGCUAUUGAUGUAACUGUAGCUGCAGUUUUUGUGCAGGACUGAGAAACACGGUGCAUUAUUUAUUGCGGAAUCAUUGCUGCUAAAUAACUACUGUCUGUUUAUUUAACACAACAGUUGAAUGCCCGAAGAAGUUGCAGUGGCUUUAUUUUAUGUGAAUGCAUCUGUUUCUCCUCAUGAAUUGUUUUUACUGCUGCAUUUCUUGUUUGUUUUUAAAAUUAAACUGCAGUGUUUCCUAGAAUGUAUAUUUAGCUUUGCUUAAAAGUAAAAUAAGUGAGCCAUCUUGAACACUCUAAGUUUGUGCUAUAUUAUUUCUUAUCAAACAUUGACAAAUAGAGUAGCUACGAGAUUGAUAAGCACAUUAUGUUUAUAAAAUCAUGUGAUGCAGAAGUUGAUUCAAGCAAGUAAAUACCUGACAUUUCGGGUUCUCACAUUAGUCACCAAUAAAUUAAAGCACCAAAAUUAUUUAUUUUUACCUAUUCCUUAUUUUAGAGAUGUCUGCUGCAUAUUAUUGGAUAUUUGUAUACUAAUACAAUUAAUUAACUUUUUUACAUUGUGCUUUAAUAGCUAAGACUUAACCAUAUAAGCCCACUCAGACGUGAAAAGUGUUGCUGUUUAUUUGUUUUAAGCACAUUUCUUUUAUUAGAAAGGAAGCUACUUCAUUGGGGAACAAUUUAUUUCAUUUAGAUGCUGUGUGAUUCAAUAACAUUCACUUGGAAUCAGCUGAAAGCUGUAAUAUGUCUUUGAAAUGAGCCAUGGUAAAUCACAACUGAGAGAAAUAAGAACUUAGAGGAUUGCUUUAAAACAUUGUAGGUAUUAUCUGUUUAUCAGAGAUACUAAAUAUUAUAGUUUUAAUUAUGCAUCUUCUUGAACAUCAUAAACACUUUGGUGUUGGUAACAGUGUUUUAAGCAUUUGUGUUCAUUUUUAAGGAUUAUUGUUUAGUGCAUCUUACCAACUAUAAAUCUUAAUUGGUAUGUUUUGAAAUAGUCAUGUAAUUUUUUACCAUAUAUCAUGAAAUAGUCAUAACAUAAUUUUUUUCCUGACAUUCACUGUAAAACAUUCAGGGGUCCUACCAUUUCUGUUCAGGAAAUCUUGUAGUUUAUUGUUGUUAUUUAACAGUAUUAAGUAAGUUUUUGUAUAUUUCAUUUUAACUUUAUUUGUGAAUAGUGAUUGUGGCAUGUUUUGGGAUGUUAUUUUAAUAUUUCAUGAUAUUAAAAUUUUAAUUUUUAAAAAAUUCUGGAGGAAUCAGAUUCAUGUGUAAUGGUGAAUAUUGGACCACUACUGCUUUUCACAUUUGUAAAUUGGUUUUAUGUUAAACCCUGUAGCCUAACAAACUGCUGUUAUUUCUAACUGACAGAUAUGUAUUAAUAUUGUACUUUGAAGGUUACAACUAUUAUGUGGAAAUUCUUUCAUUUUGUUUUGAAUUUAUAAUAACAAAUCUCCAUGUUGUAUAAAA